ACACACACACAAACACACACAAACACACACACAUACACACAGAAAUAAACAAACAACUUGUCAUAAUGGAACUCCUGGUUAGAGUAAAGGCAUCAACGAGGCUACAUGCGAUAAAUAUCAAACACACAGAGAAGUAAACCAGGUGCUGGUUAGUAAACAGCAAGGUGUGAUGUGAAAGCUGAUGAUGUUUUAUUGACUAGUUAGCAGCUAUAUAUAGCUACUAAUACUACAAAAAAAAAAAAAAAAACGCUGGACAGUGCACACCCACAUGCAAAGUAUAGACCACACCCACAAGAGACAAAUUACAAGCCAUAUGAGUGAGUUUUCAGUUGCCAGUGUGAACAAAAGGAGAAAGCGACCUCAACCAAGCAACUAAACUAUUUCAAUGACCGAGCAGCAGAGGUAAACGGUCCUUCGCAUCACGUUCUGCGAUCAUCCACCAGUUAAAUUUUGAAAUUUCGGAACAACGUUUCCAUGUCGCUGCCGUUAAACCCUACACUGCUCUCUGAUAAACCCAUGGUUAGUCAUGGAGUUGGACUUCCAGCUAGUUUCCACCUCUUUAUUCACAUGUCUUAACUGGCCAAUCGUGGUGAAUGUGGGUGGGCAAUUCUUCUACAGCUAAGGAUUUUGUCACCUCGAGAAUGAACCACCACCCAAGCAUGUGCUCAGCGGUGGUCCCAUGGUGGCCCUCGUCCAUUGAUGGAUGGAGCAAAAGGGGUGCCAAAACAUGGUGCACAGCAACAGACGAGCCACAGCCAGGAAUUAUACACCUACAAAGCAACACACACGUUCGUGCACAGAGACAGCGUGGCCCGUUUUAGCUCAGGCGCAUGGAAACUCUGAAUUAAAGACAGAAACAGGAAGUUGUGGCUACAGGAGACCGCCUGAGAGAGACGGAAGUGGAGAGAGUAGAAGAAAGAAAGAGAGAGAGACGGAGAUAAGCAGAUCCACACCGAUACGUUGCGUUGGCUGUACCGAAGUGUGAUAAUGGUGGACAGCUGUGAGUCUCUGAAAGAGGGCGUGGCCGGUGUGAAGGAGGCGGAGUGUAACGGUGAGAACGAGAACGGGGUUUCCCCAGGUGCUCUGCAGGGGCACGACUCUUCGUCUGACUCCUCGCAUCAGAACGGCUCGGACAAGGCCGAUCAGGAGGAAAGCUCCGCCCCCUCCACGCCACGGAAGAAGCGUGGGCGACGGAAACUCGAGCACCCUGAGAAACAUGUGGAGGAGGACGGCAGCAGCAGUGAUACCAGUAGAGGAGAGGGCGACAGUGGACGUGUGCGGACUCGUGAGGGCAGAGACAUCAGCCUCCGGCGCAGACCUGUACCUCGAAUCACCUUCCAGGCAGGAGACCCUUUUCACAUGAGCAAGAGAGAGAGAGAAGAGCUGAUCGCCCACUGGAAAAAAGAGGAGGAAGAGAAGAAGGCUCAUCGGACGCCGCUCAUGAACGACACCAUGGCUGACCAAUCGGAAGAUGACGCUCAGAGAAACGAAGAGCAGCCGGCGGUCAGCAGUGUCCCAACCACUCCUGGGACUCCGCCCCCCCAGCAGCAGCACACGGACCCUGCUUCGCCGACGGUCGCCACGACGCCAGAGCCCGCCUCUGUCCCUGUCGCCUGCGGUAACAAAGAGCUGCACAAGUCGGCGGAGGCGGAGCAAGAGUACGACGAUGGGCGUGGCUUCGGGAUCGGCGAGCUGAUCUGGGGGAAGCUGCGCGGGUUCUCCUGGUGGCCCGGACGCAUCGUGUCCUGGUGGAUGACGUCACGCAGUCGAGCCGCAGAGGGAACCCGAUGGGUCAUGUGGUUCGGAGACGGGAAAUUCUCGGUGGUGUGCGUGGAGAAACUGUUGCCUUUGAGUUCAUUUUCAACUGCCUUUCAUCAGCCUACCUACAGCAAACAGCCCAUGUACAGGAAAGCUAUCUACGAGGUGCUACAAACGGCCAGUACACGGGCGGGGAAGCCGUUCCCAGUGUGCAUGUCGACUGAUGACUCUGAAACGGGGAAGAGUGUGGAGCAUCAGACCAGAGAGAUGAUCGAGUGGGCGAGUGGAGGAUUUAUGCCUACUGGGGCCAAGGGCCUGGAGCCACCACCUGCCGAGCGGAAUCCCUACACUGAGGUGUACCCUGAAAUGUGGGUGGAGCCAGAAGCUGCAGCGUACACAGCUCCUGCCAAGAAGCCCAGGAAGAACAGUUUGGAGAAACCUAAAAUUAAAGAGAUUAUAGAUGAAGGGACCAGAGAGAGGCUGGUGUACGAGGUCCGUCAAAAGUGCAGGAAUAUCGAAGAUAUGUGUAUAUCCUGUGGAAGUCUGAACGUGUCACUCGAACAUCCGCUCUUCAUCGGAGCAAUGUGCCAGAGCUGCAAGAACUGCUUCCUGGAGUGCGCGUAUCAGUACGACGAUGACGGCUACCAGUCCUACUGCACCAUCUGCUGUGGGGGCAGAGAGGUGCUUAUGUGUGGGAACAACAACUGCUGCAGGUGCUUCUGCGUGGAGUGUGUAGAUCUCCUGGUUGGUACCGGUUCAGCACAGGCUGCUAUAAAGGAGGACCCAUGGAACUGCUACAUGUGUAGCAGUAAGGGUGUGUUUGGAAUGCUCCGGCGCAGAGACGACUGGACAUCGCGCCUCCAGCUGUUUUUCGCCAACAACCACGACCAGGACUUCGUGAGUCAUGCCAUCCCAAAACACUGUAGCACGUGUGUCCAUCAGGAACCUCCUAAGAUCUACACGCCUGUAGCAGCAGAGAAAAGGCAGCCGAUCAGAGUGCUCUCUCUGUUCGAUGGCAUUGCUACAGGUCUGUUGGUGCUAAGGGACCUGGGCAUACAGGUAGAGCGCUAUGUGGCGUCCGAGGUGUGUGAGGACUCCAUUACAGUGGGGAUGGUGAGGCACCAGGGCCGGAUCAUGUACGUGGGUGACGUCCGCAACGUCACGCAUAAACACAUUCAAGAGUGGGGUCCAUUUGAUCUGGUGAUAGGUGGGAGCCCCUGCAAUGAUCUCUCCAUCGUCAACCCAGCCAGGAAAGGACUCUUUGAGGGCACCGGGCGACUGUUUUUCGAGUUUUACCGCCUGCUACACGACGCCCGUCCGAAAGAAGGAGACGAGCGGCCGUUCUUCUGGCUCUUCGAGAACGUCGUGGCCAUGGGAGUUAGCGACAAGAGAGACAUCUCACGCUUCCUCGAGUGCAACCCAGUGAUGAUCGAUGCCAAGGAGGUGUCUGCUGCCCACCGCGCCCGCUACUUCUGGGGCAACCUGCCUGGCAUGAACAGACCGUUAAGCGCCAUGCAGAACGACAGGCUCGACCUGCAGGACUGUCUGGAACAUGGACGCACAGCCAAGUUCGAUAAGCUGAGAACCAUCACCACUCGCUCCAACUCCAUCAAGCAGGGCAAAGACCAGCACUUCCCCGUCUACAUGAAUAACAAGGAGGACAUCCUCUGGUGCACGGAGAUGGAAAGGUAUGCAUGGAUAGAAAGGGUCUUUGGAUUUCCUGUCCACUACACGGACGUGUCCAACAUGAGUCGUCUGGCCAGGCAAAGACUCCUGGGAAGGUCGUGGAGCGUCCCGGUGAUUCGGCACCUGUUCGCGCCGCUGAAGGAAUACUUCGCCUGUUACUGAAUCCCCGCCCACCCGAAGUCACGCCGUGCCAUCCCACGACUCGCUCCGCCCUUCAUUUGCAUAGCAAACCAAGCUCCAACCUUCUUACAUUUGUUUUGGUAGUUGCCUGACGACUUACUGGUGCUAUUCAUCGAGAAACAUACAAACAAACACGGUUCGUCCGACUACACGUCUCACUUUUACAUGUCGGCUAUUUAUUGAAGACUUCAUUACAUUUUUUUUUUUUUUUUGGGGGGGGGAGGCUGGGGGUAUUUUUAUUUUACAGACUUUUUAAAUAUCAUUUACAGUGUCAGAACGAUCGACAUUUCAUCUGUGAUUGCAGCUUCUCUGAUGAAAGAGAGACAUGCUUGCAUGAGCGUGUGGAUGUGAGAGUGUGUGUUUGUGUCUGUAAUUGCGUGUGUGUGAGAGAGAGAGAGCGAGAGAGGAUGGUCGUCUCUUUGAGCACAAAGCAGAUUUGAGGGUCAUGGCAUCUUCGAAAACUAAACCCACACACACACACACACACACACACGCAUUAUUCUGGUGUAAUUUACAUCUUUUAGUCAAAUGGUGCAAACACACACACACACACACACACACACACACACACGAUACACUGUUUACAGUAAUGUCAUGGUACUACACAACUACACAACUCCUGUAUAGCUCAAAUGCUGAUACAACUAUGGUGCUCUCUCUCUCUCUCUCUCUCUCUCCCCCCCCCCCCCCCCUCCUCUUCCUCUACAUGUCCUCCACAAAUCCCCCUCUUUUCACCCCCCCUUCCAUUUUGUUCUCCCUCUCUCCGUCACUUCUUGGUCUUCUGUCCUUCCCAUCUAUUUCACCUCCUUUCUCUAUGUCUACCUUCCAACGCCUCUCUCCUUCCUUUCUCUUCUGUCCAUUUCUCCUUCCCUCGUUCUACCGUGUCUUGCUGUCUUCCUUUCUUCCCCUCUUUCUUCCUCGUUUGCUUUAUGCAUUUCUCUCUCUCGCUCUCUGUCAGCAAUACAGAUGCACAGCCACACUUGAGGCCUUACUGCUGGGGCACAUAGUGACUGACACACACACACACACACACACACACACACACACACACACACACACACACACACGUCUCAGAGAGCUGCUGCGCUUCCAGCCCAGGCCUGCAGGGGGCAGCGGCAAAAGUACAAACAGACCUAUCCUUCCACAAAGCACUGUGGUGAUGCUAGCGACCACCAGCGGAACUCAUUUCUACUGUAAACCACAAGGUCUCGUCCGACUCCGCCAUUUUUACUGUACUGGUGUCGUCGUGUGAGUGCGGGUGGUUGUGUGUGUGCGCGUGUGUGUGUGGAGAAACAUUCUCCAACUCGUCAUCAUGCUUUGCUUUUUGUCCAACUGAGGAAACUAUCAGAAACCUCUCCGGGGUGCUUUUUCUUCUCUUCUUUUUUCUGUCCUCAGGCCAGCAUUAAGCCUGUAUGCUAAUCGCCGUUUUCAUUUGAAUCAGGCACGUUUCCACCAACGGUUCCUGACCCUUUUAGGAAUUAAAGGUUUGUGGAACUAAUCCAAACCAGGAGUAAGCGGUUCCUGGUCAUAUUUCUGGUUUAAAACACGACUAAAAAUCUGCCCUGGUUCCUCUCACAGAAAAUGUACCUAAAGUUUCUCAGUUCCUAAAAUGUUCUUGGGUUCCUGUGGUGGAAACGCACCCAAAAGUUUCCUUGGUUCCUGAAAAAGUUUCUGUAGUGCAAAAAAAAAAAACCGCAGCUAUAGUUCCUAAGUUCCUCAAAGGUUCCAAAGUGGAAAUGUUUCUAAAUGAAAAAAAAUGUUUUUUUAAAAGUUCCUACAAUAGAAAGGCAUUGAAACUUCCUGGGUUCUUGAAAUGGUUCCUGAGAUGGAAAAAGCGCCCAAGGUUCAGUUCCUAAAUAGUGUCCAGAGUUCUUGAAAGGCAGGGGGGGAAAAAAAAACACACCUAAAGUUCCUGAGUCCCUGAAGAGAUUCCUAGGUUCCCGAAAAGGUUCCGGUGAUGGAACGUUGAUCUCAAAUUCUGGACAUCUCGAUCCAGUGGCUCAAUGGUCCUUUCUGUCCUCCCAGGGGAUUCUGGGAUAGUGGCCUCUGCUGUGUGAUGUUGUAAUAUCUGGUCACAUGGUGCUCCCAGAGUUCCUUUCAUUUUGGUGGGCGUGGCCUCUCAUGGUGUGUAGGUGCUUAAGAAAUGUGCACACGCCUUCCAGUCAUGGAUUUAAAUAAUUAUCUGGAUUACUGUAUCCUCUCCGUGCCGUCGUCGGAUCGUUCGGAUAUACAGAGCGACACUCUGGUGCUUACGAGAAGCUUCCUCGGGAAGCCGGGGCGAUCUGGCGGGCGUGGCCUCUCGUGGUGUGUUGGUGCUCAACAGCAGUGUGCACUCACCUGCCAAUUAUCAGUGUGGUAAUCGGAUUUUGGUUUACUGUAUUCGCUCCGUGCUGUCGUACACAUCGUUCAGAUCAGAGGUUAACGGGACAUUCUGGUGCUUUCUGGCGCUUUCUUGGGAUCUUUUUUGGUUUUGUUUUGUCCCCACUGGCUUCCCAGAUUUUCAAGGGUGUCUUUGUGAAGUAUAAAUGAGAGAUGCUAAUCUCUGGCCUGCUUGAAAGGCAGACUGUAAAGAACUUUCUAGGUCACUUUCCAGACACAGAUUAUCCACAGUCCUGGAAUAAAAGCCCUUCAGCCGUGCUGGUCCUCGCUUUCCCGAACGUCCCAAACCAAAAUCCAUAAACAUCCAUCCUCUACCACACUAACGGUGUGAUGCUUAUCGGAGUCUCCUCUGGUGCUGUUUGACUGUGAAUGAACACGCAGCCUUCAGCAGCUAAUCUCGGUAACGUUCAGAACCACUACUGACUGUUCACGGUGACAAUAAGACACUCUGGUAGGUUCGAUGGCAAUUUCCGUCGCUAACAAAAAGGGCUUAGACCUUCCUUUAUUUAUUUAUUCUUUUUCUAAAAGAUGCCAUUUGACUGACAACCAAUCACAGAUUCUUUCUGGAAAGAUGAUAACCGCUUCAACAGAAGGUGCGACGCUGUGAACCGUUUUCACUCCAGUAACUAUACGACGUGCCCAAAAGCUCAGAAAGCGUUGUGCGCAAGUGCGUAUACAUCCGAGUGCACAUAAUCAGAACGCGGGAUUCUGAAGCUCGUGGCCAGAUAAGUGUACAACACGUAUCGAGACGUCGCGUGAGUCAGACGCUGUGACUACUUUAUGGUGCUAGAGGUGACUUGUAUGACCGAUAAGCUAAUGUUAGCUUCAGGUCUUGAGGUAGCUAACAAACAAAACUGAGGGCUUUCAGACAUUUUUUGGAACUCUUAGCACAACUUUGGACAUAUGUGAACACACCCCCAACCCCUUUCCUUUCAUUUUUCUGAUCCUGGCGCACCGUUCCCUUCCACUUCCUGUUUCCUUAACUAGCGAGGACCAGCAACGUCCAGGACCGAUCAUAAUGCGUGUUCCGGAAAGUGGCCCUCAUCUGAGAAUGAACAUCCAGACAGCUAAAGUCCAGAAGCUAAGCUAAGCCUGGCAUUCGGAAGACGCGUUAGCCGCUCAACACGUCUAAUAAAUAAAAAUAGAAGAAGAAAAAAAAAAAAAAAAAA